GUGACCUCAACAUUUCGUGCGUAUCACCUGAUCCCGGAUAUAUGGAGAUUUGGAACGUGUGGAGAUGGCAAAUAACGAUGGUUUCUCCCUCGGUGGCCCCUCCACCACUCCGAGAAAGCGACAGGUGCGCUUCUCAGCCCGCCACGACAUCCUCCUGCUGCGUGAGGUCAUCGCUCAGAACCCAUUCUGUUCCAAGGAGUCGGGUCGUAUCUGGGCCCGUGUGGGGGAAAUCAUCACUGCUGCCCUGCAGGAUGAGAGCUUUGAGGUGGACGCCCGGCGCUGCCGGGAGAGGACUAUGUUGCUGCUGGAUUACUACAAGAAGCAGGACUUUGCCAGCCUACGCAGGUUUGGGACGGAGAGGCUGUAUGCCCAGAAAGAAGACCUGCUCCAUGAGGUUUUGGAGUUGGAGGCAGAGAAGGGUCUCCUGGCCGGGGGGGAAAGUAGGUAUCAGGAUGAGGACCUGAGGAAACAGGCCUUGGAAGAGCUGGCUAGUCUACCGGAGCAAGACAAGCCCGUCAUAAUCUCAACACAAACGGGUCAACCCACGGUUUCUACGACCCCAGAGCACGAGGAGGACCAGGAGGACCUAGCCGAACUCUCGCUCGUCUCCACGGCACCCAUGGCCAAGAGGCCGUGCCAGUGCUGCUGCCAGACCUACUCAGAGAUCCUCAGUUUCCUGGAGAAGCGUUCAGAGGCGGAGCAGCGACUGCGUGAGGAGGAGCUAUCGUUGAGGAGGGAGGAGCUAGAGAUCCAGCGGAGUAAGAUCGCCCUGGAGAGAGAGAGGUUGGGCGCUGAGAGGAAGGAGAGGGAAAGGAGGUUUGAGCUGGAGAGCCAGGAGAGGCAGGUGAUACUGGACUUGCUUAAGGAGAAGGUUCUUAAAGGAUGAGAGGAAUGAACCAGAGUGGUGGAGUGAGGUGUUGGGUAAUAGCGGUGGACACGACAUUAAGGCGUUAAGAGGGACCUGAUACAUGUGCCCUCUUUUCUACACAUAUGACCUUAGUGAAGGAACCUGCUUUGACUGUUUAAGUAGGCACCACUCAUAUUACCCAUGAUUACAACUGGAAUUAAUAGUUUCUAGUUUACUACUCCGUUGACAAAUUAAUUGGAGGUUUAAAGUAUCUGCCCAGAUGUUUCAGAUUUCGGUGAAAUAUGAUCCAUAGUUACUUACAUUAGUAUUUUUAAGAAUUCUAAGUAUUUAAAUGAAUAAAGUUUAAAAAAUCUGCUUUUCUGUGCAGGAAUGUUGUGGGCAUACCCUAACAGCAAAUGUAGGUUUGUAUCAGAAAGCAUUCAACUGAGUAGACUGCUCAUUAGCCAGAUCCUCUUUUCUUAUCAAGGGCCAGUUCAAACUCCUGAGCACUUUUUUAUUGGUCUAUUUUGGUUUGAGGUGGGGUUUUUGUUGUGUUUUUAGCUCAAAAUAAACUCCAGCUACAAAUAAUUAUAGGACAGUUCAAAAACAUUAUUUAGGUAUGAGUUAACAGUAUUCACUUUUGAAAGUAAUUUUUCUCUAGGGCAGUUACUUUGAUAUUAGGUGAGUCCUCAUACUGUACAUACAUUCUGUUAUACCAAGCAAACCAUUUGGUAAUAGAAUUAUCAACUGUUCUUUGGCUCACCCUUGUUCAUCGCAGAUCAUUUUGCUAAAUGUCAUCCAUGUCAAAUAACCUUUUAUUGAAUUCUGUUUAUGUGGUCUUGAAUCUGCUCCUGCUGGAACAUAAGGACAAUAAAGUACUUUCAUGGCCUGCCAUAUAGUUUGCUACAAGCAAUUUAGACCGUUUAUUUGUCAAUUAAAAAAAGGAUGAAGAAAAAUUUGUUUUGUAACAAGACUGUUAUUUGUAUUUUAUUAAAUGAAAUACUGUACAUAAAGGAA